GUUCCACCCAUAGAGUCUGGUUCCACCUUUUAAUAUUAUAGACUCAUUUAGAUGAGUUCAGCCCUGGAAUUGCCAGUCUCUACUGAACUAAAGCAGGAGCCGGUGCAGACCCAUGGCGGUCCUCCUCGCUGUCCCGGGUUUCCUUCGCCAUCGGCCGUGGUUAAGUAGCUGCAGCGGCCUGAGGAAGACGCCUGCUCUGCGGUUGUGGACAUGGCCGGGGCUGGCUUCUGCGACUCCAGGCCUUUGCUGGACUUACACCAACAGGUGGAUGAUCGAAGGGCCCUCUUCAAAUCCUGGCAGUGCACAGAUAAAUAUACGGACUCAAGCGUGGUGCCCCUCAGCCUGGAGGCAGAGUGCAGAUGGGAUGCACUCCAUGCACUAGUGCCCACUCUACUGCGCCGGGAGGUGGAGAUUGCAUUAGAGAAACUGGACCUAAUAUGGGACCAUGCAUAUGCUUGGGAAAUGUUUUUGGACAUGAUGAGAAGUCAGGCCUUGUGUACAUUUUCCACUAAAGACCUUCCUGCUAAUUUUACUGAGUCCACAAGAGGCAUUCUAGUCGACUGGCUAAUAAAAGUUCAUGAGAUGAUGCACUUUCAGGAUGAAACCUUGUUUCUUGCAAUUCACCUGCUGAACCGGACCCUCCGCCUCCUCAAGGUGCCCACUGCCAACCUACAACUGCUGGGCAUGGUCUGUCUCUUCAUUGCUGCCAAGAAAGAGGAGAGCCUUCUUCCAGAGGUGUCUGACCUCUGCUACGUGAUGGACUACACCUAUACCAAAUCACAGCUGCUUCGGAUGGAGCGGAAAGUGCUCAGUCGGCUGAAGUUUGAUUUGUCGUAUUGCGCUCCUCUUCAUUUCCUACUCCUGUUUGCCUCCGUUGCCCGCUACAGUGCCAAGAUGACUUGGAUGGCCCGUUACUUCUUGGAGCUAAGUCUCUUGGAGGGGCAGUGUGUGGUUUUCCAGCCGGUGCAGUUGGCAGAAGCAGCUCUGUGUCUCGCUCGCCUCGUCCUGAAGGAGCCUCCCACCCCCGAGGGAGAGGCUGCAUGGUGCCUCGUGUCCAGCCUCCAUGUUGGCAAUGAAUCCAUUUUGCUGAGUAUAAUGCAUAUACUGGCCACUGCUGCUGCCAGCGCUCAGAGAGACACCUGCGCCACUUACAUUAAAUUCUCCUCCCCUGAAAUGAUGCACAUCAGCAGGCAUCCCGGUCUCGUGAAUGCCUCCUUACUGCUGGGUGUGCACAAAUGAUGCAUAGGCAGUAAACGCGUUAUUAAAAAUCAUGUAUUAUGUUGCACUUUACCAUUACCGUGGUUGAGGAAGAAGUCGAAUGUGUAUGCUAAAUGCAUACAGUUUUAAGAUCUUAUCUUGCAGCUGAUUCAUUAUAUUGUAUCCAUUUCUUUGUUUUGUGAUCUGAAAUUAAGUGGGUUGUCAUGAAAUCAAAGCCUUUUUAAUGUUAAAAUAAAGUGUAUGCUGCAAUUUGAAA